UCCAAGAUGGCGGAAAGCACUGAAACGUCUGGAACAACAAUCACGAUUAACGUGAAAACGCCGAAAGAGAAACAAGAAAUUGAAGUCAACGAAGAUGCAACAAUCAAAGAGUUUAGAGAGUUGGUGUCCAAGAAGUUUGGUUCUCCUGUUGAGCAGAUAUGCUUGAUAUUUGCUGGGAAGAUUUUGAAAGAUGGGGAUAAGCUUAACCAGCAUGGGAUAAAAGAUGGGCUCACAGUUCAUCUGGUGAUCAAGUCUGCUAACAGGGUGGGUGUUCAGCCCUCAGCAUCCCAGCAGCAAGCUGCACAAAGGGCCGCUGAGAGCCAGGCACCAAGUACAGGAAACCAGUCCACCCCAGAUGUAGGGGCCACGCCAUUUGGGUUGGGCAGUCUGGGAGGGCUGCAGGGUCUCAGCGGAAUGGGCAUGGGGUCCGCAAACUUCAUGGAGCUACAGCAGAGAAUGCAGAGGGAGAUGAUGGGAAACCCUGACAUGGUACGACAGUUAAUGGACAACCCAAUGGUACAGCAGAUGAUGUCUAACCCUGAGAUCAUGAGACAGCUGAUCAUGAGCAAUCCCCAAAUGAGAGAACUCAUGGAGAGAAACCCAGAAAUCACUCACAUGUUAAACAACCCUGAAUUAAUGAGACAGACAUUAGAGCUGGCACGUAACCCAUCCAUGAUGCAGGAAUUGAUGAGAAGUCAGGACAGAGCCAUGAGCAACUUGGAGAGCAUCCCUGGAGGGUUUAAUGCCCUACAGCGCAUGUACCGUGACAUUCAAGAGCCUAUGUUGAACGCAGCACAGGAGGGAUUUGGCCCAAACCCAUUUGCUUCAUUAGUCAACAAUCCACCAGCAGCCGCAGGCAGUGGGAGUGAUGACAGUCAACAGGGCAGGGAGAACACCCAGCCCCUGCCCAAUCCUUGGGCCCCAGGGGGUAGCAGUAGCAACACUAACACCACGAGCUCUGGUGGGACACCGAGGCCUGCCAGCAGCUCCUCGUCAACUACAUCUCCACCUCUGCCUGGGGCAUUUGGUAUGUUUAACACCCCAGGUAUGCAGAGCCUGAUGGGACAGAUGUCACAGAAUCCGCAGAUGAUGCAGAAUAUGUUACAGGCUCCUUACAUGCAGGCCAUGUUACAGUCUCUCUCUGCCAAUCCGGAGAUGGCACAGCAGAUUAUCGGCACAAACCCCAUGUUUCAGGGCAAUCCACAACUACAGCAGCACUUCACACAGUAUUUACCCACGCUGCUGGAGCAGAUGCAGAACCCCCAGGUACAGGGAAUGAUGAGCAACCCUCGGGCUCUACAGGCCAUCAUGCAGAUCCAGCAGGGUAUGCAACAGUUACAGACUGAGGCUCCAGGGCUGUUCACAGGUAUAACAGGUGCAGGAGGAUUGCCCCCGGGCAGCACAGCUACAGGAAGUACCCCAGGGGGGACAACAGCUAAUCCUGCAACUACCACAGGCUCCCCUGCCCCAGCAGCCACCACACCCCCUGUCACCACCAGCACCACCACCACCACCCCAGCCUCAACACCUGCUACUUCAACAACAACAUCAACAACAUCAGCACCCUCAGCAGCGGGCGGCAAUCCGGAUCAGUUUAGUAAUUUUAUGGCCCAAAUGAUGCAGAUGAUGGCCUCUGGUCAAACCCAAAUGUCUCCAGAAGAUAGAUAUUCAGCCCAGUUAGAACAGCUUACCUCCAUGGGAUUUGUUGACAGGGAAGCCAAUCUUAGAGCUCUUGCUGCUACCCUAGGGGAUGUCAACGCGGCCAUUGACAGAUUGAUACAACAACAGCAACAACAACAACAACAAUGAUUGAGCCUUGCAAUUGUGCUGACGUACAGGCUUUGACUAAAGACGUAUUGACAUUGUGUGACAAUGCCCCGUGGUGCGGUGUGUGCAAAUCAGACUGCGGCUAUCUCAUUUAAUAUAUUGUGUGAGACAUUGAUGACCCACACCAUACCUUUAUGCUUACGGGUGCAAUUCUGUGUAAUUCUACAUUAUUAUCCCGCUUGGCUUAUGGACAGUUUUAAUAUCAAUUAAUCCAAUACGAUGCAGAUGCUGGGAGUUUCCUCUCUCACUGUUCUGCCAGAGAUAUGGUCUUGCUGGCCUAACAUGCAACUGAUUUCUUGAUCAAAAAUGUUCUUGAUCAAAAUAAGCUUUGAUCAAAAUUUGUGUGAUCAGGAAUGUGUUGCGACAAGACACCAUGUGAUAUUGAGGUGUGAAAAUGUAGUACAGUUUACCGUAAUUAACUCACACUAACUAGGAUACAUGCCUAGGUACUCCUGCAGUUGAUUUUUAUAGAUGUGCGCCAAGAAGCUUUCUAAGGAGGUGUUGUCAGUAUCAUACCAUGAGUUAGCGUAAACCGUGUCUGGUUUCUUCACAGUCAGAAUUGCUGUAACACUCAAAGCUUGUUCUUAAAGAUAGUUAAACAUACUUGUAAAAUGUAUGUUAUAUUGUUAUAUGCCAGGUUUCAUUUUGUGGGAACUAUUUCAACUACAUGUUGUAAUAUUGCUCAUAAUCUGGAAAGUGGUUGACUUCAUUCAUCCAGUUUCGUUGAUCAAGUUGCUGUGAAGCUCCUUAAGUUACCAAUCCAAAAUAUCUUGUAAUAGCUUAGGUAUUAAACCAUUUCUUUCCUUUUUUUUUGUAUAGUAUCUUACAGAAAGUAUAUAUAUUUUUGGUUUCAAAUGAAUGUCUAUGUAUCUAUUAUUUUAAUGUAGUUCUCAAUCGAAAUGACACAGAAUUGGUAUUUAAGGUGGUUUUCAACUGAAACAAUAGAUCAGCCGGGAAAUGUGGACACAAAAAUUUUGAGACUGUAGUAAUGUUGAAGAAAAUCUGGGAUAUCCAGUCAGUCAAAAUGUGACUUUCCAAAUUGUAGGAAAAAAGAAAUAACCUGUUUAAGUAUAGGGUCUUAAAGCUUUCCCCAGUUAGCUCACAUAUAUGAAAUUUUGAAUAGUUCGCUUCAAAAUACUUCAUAAACAAUACCAAAUUCUCUGUAAAAGUGGACGUCAUUGGUCUUUUAGAGAAAGUGAUCUAGACAGCAAGAAUUGAGAAUAUUCAGUCUCUGGGAAAGACCAGAAAGUUUGUAUCUACACAGUUGACUUGAUAAAGUAUUACACCCGCAAGGGAGUGGUAUGUGUAUGUAGCUGAGAGGCAGAUGGAGCUUACAUGGUACACACACUUGUAUGAGUCUGGUAUUACUUGAUCUGUCAAUCAUUUUGUUUAUCUUUCCUUCAAGUUUGUGUAGAAGUUCAGUUUGGAUUUUGGGAAUCUGUCUUAUGGAGCGUGCCAUCCUGAGUUAUUGCCAGAGUUACCUUUCUUACUACAUUGAAAUCCCGGCUUGAAAUGCAGAUAUUUCAAACUUGUAUUUAACUGUUAGUCAGGAAAUGGAUAUCAAUCACCUUGUGAUUGAUAUCCAUUUCAAAGGUGAUUAAUGCUUUUGUAUGUAGCUUGUCUUUUGUCAUGUCUGUAUAAUUUGUUGCUUCACUAGUCACAUCAUAUUUUCUCACCUUACUGCUUUCUUGUGUCGGCUGACUUUGGGGGAAAAUAUAAAUUUAAAUUGAUCAGUAUGAAAGUUAAAAUAACAUUUUUAGGCAACUUUUUGGUUUUAUAUUUGACGUGAGUGUUAUUUCGGUAAGGACAUGAAUAGUAUUGAUCUUUUUAUUUCGACCCACUUUUGAUGGAAUUACAAGUGAAGUUGUCAACUGCGUCAUUUCUCUAAUUAAUUUGUACUGAUGACGACGUGACUUGUUAGGCCUUUGCAAAUUUUACGGGUUAUCUAUCUUCGACAUUGACCUCUGUCUACAACCUGUAACAGCAUUGCUGUUUCAUUCUGUUGAGUGCAGAUAGAUGAAAACAUUUGUUUUAAAAUCAGCUAAAAAAAUAGUUUUCUGAAAAUAUUUCAUCCCCUUCAAGACUCCACACACCUAGCCAUAUGACCUCUAAUGGGUUUAAACCCCAGUUGAGCAUUCUCCUGGGAAAAGUCCUAGAAUGGCUGGAAAGAUGAAUUUUUUGCAGGAUGGUGAACUGGCCUGAUGUGUAGCAUUCUGUAUACAUUGAUGUAACCUGCACAUGUUCUAUUAAUCUGUCUAUGUUGUCCCAUGUACUCAGCAUGCGCUGUAUACAGGUGUGUUUAAAAGACAAAACUGUUGGCUGAAGGAAACUGACGAAUUAUGAUAGAUUCUAUAUGUAUAUUGUUACAGAGAGCAUUUACUGGUACACAAGUAGCUAUUAUAGUAGCAAGAGAGAAAGCUACAUGUGUUGACUUUCAUUUCUGUGUUAAAAAAAGGAAAUAAUCGACUUUUAACUAAGAAGCAUUCCCAACAGUAAAUCUCUCAAGACUUUUUAGGGUGAAAAUAACAACCCAAAUACAGCCUAAUAAUCAGUUUAUUU